GUUUUUCUUUAUUUAUUAAAAAAAUCUAAAUUGUUAUUGACCGUCUUCGGUAUCUUGGUUGACCUUUGCUUGUUAUUCAGAGAGCCACAAGAUUGAUAAACUUUGGCUAAUUAGGAUAAUUGAUGAAAAAACGCAAUAUUUAAAAAAAUGAGUUUCAUUGUUUCCCGUCUUGCGGCUGUGCGUUCUGCAAGAAACGCUCUGGAUUCGGACUUUCACUCAUUCCACCACAAUCUCCGCACGAUAUCCUUGAACGCUGACCAGUUAGCGCCCAACAAAGAUAAAAGAAAAAUGGCUGGGAAAUUAACCGAAGAACAGCGCAAAAGCGACCUGGAACCACUGUUAAAAAAUGGCUGGACUGUGGUUAACAACAGGGAUGCAAUUUACAAGGAAUAUCUCUUCAAGAAUUUUAACGAGGCUUUUGGAUUCAUGACUCGUGUCGCCCUCUUGGCUGAAAAAAUGGACCACCACCCGGAAUGGUUCAAUGUUUACAAUAAAGUACAAGUCACGUUAUCUUCCCAUGAUGUCAACGGAUUAAGCAAUCGUGACGUCAAGCUGGCCAAUUUCAUGGAACAAGCCUCCAAAUUAUUUAAACAGUAAGAUUAUCGAAGCGAACUUUGAGCCAUGAAUAAGAGACCAAAUAGCGGAAUUUUGAUAAGUGUGGAUUCUUUUAUUGAUAUGUUUUUGUUGUCGUAAUCACAAUAAUAAUUAAUAAAUGUCUGAGCAGAA